AUAUGCGAUGUGUCAAAUUUCGUAAUUAAAAUAGGCUAUUUAACAUAAAUGACGUCCCUUUUAAUGUGUGGCGUUAAACUAGUGUAACCUUGUGGAAACUUUAAAUCAAUAGACGCCCAUUAUAAAGUUCACUCAGGUUUCCCAGCAGCCAUGAACGUCCGAUAGCAUAAAGGUGAUAUGUGGCAGCGGCUAUUUAAGCUAGCUUGUUCGGCUCAAGGCUGUUGGAAGAUGCUUUUGAAAUCAGGAACACAGCAGAAUUGGUAGGUGGUGACAAGUGACAAAAUCCAGCCUACCUGCCUGCCACCCGGUGAGCCUGGCCUUUGUUUACCUGCUCGUCAGGUAGUUUGCAAGCAGGUAAGGUUGGGGGGGCGGGGUCAGGGCCUCACACGGGAUAGGAGAGAUGCCUGUGGAGGGCGGAAGCAGCAGUGGCUCGGCUUCGGCCGCACGUCACCCCAAGCAGAAGCGCAAGGCACACAGUUUGUCCAUCCGGCGCACCAACAGCACAGAGGAGCGGCCACCGGGCAUCUUGAGAGGAGACAUGCUGGAGGGACAGGACUCCAAGCUGCCCCUCGCUUUGCGGAACAACCUCCUUGACCUGUUCGGCCAGAUCGAACGGGAGUUUGAGAAUCUGUACAUUGAAAACCUUGAACUGCGCCGGGAAAUCGACUCUCUCAACGAGCGUCUGACUGUCGAUGGACAGGCCAUCGACGGGGGAGACCCCUCCAAGGGAGCCCUCAAAGCCAAAGCCAGCCACAGCACCAGUCAGCUGUCACAGAAGCUGAAGACGACCUACAAAGCCUCCACCAGCAAGCGCUUGUACGCUUUCCAGGACAAAAUAGGCGGAGCUCGCAACUUCAGCGUGCCAACCUGGGAGUUGUGGGGCGGAGAUUCCUGGAUCGUCUCCAGCUUCAAAGCCACCACCGGCUCGCGCGCCCUGUGCCAGCUGCUCAAGGAGUAUGUGGGCCACCGGGACGGCAUCUGGGACCUCAGCGUCACCCGGACUCAGCCAGUGGUGCUCGGCACCGCCUCUGCCGAUCACUCAGCUCUGCUGUGGAGCAUAGAGACGGGGAAAUGUCUGCUGAGGUAUGCAGGACAUGUAGGAUCAGUCAACUCCAUCAAAUUUCACCCCACCGAGCAGAUGGCACUCACAGCCUCCGGAGACCAGACGGCUCACAUCUGGCGCUACAUGGUGCAGCUCCCGGCGCCGCAGCCACCGCCAGAUGUCAGCGUUCCAUGCGACGACGACCAGGACUCAUCCGACAGAGAAGAGGGCGAGACGGAAGGAGACGGUCCCUCUGAGGUCCCCACGGUCCGUGUCGCCACGGCAACCCUUAAGAGCCACCAGGGCGUGGUGAUCGCGGCCGACUGGCUGGUUGGAGGCCGACAGGUGGUGACGGCUUCGUGGGACCGCGCCGCCAACCUGUACGAGGUGGAGACGUCCGAACUGGUUCACACUCUGACCGGUCAUGACCAGGAGCUGACCCACUGCUGCACCCAUCCCACCCAGCGCCUGGUGGUCACCUCCUCCAGGGACACCACCUUUAGACUGUGGGACUUCAGGGACCCGUCCAUCCACUCCGUCAACGUCUUCCAGGGACACACAGACACCGUGACGUCCGCCGUCUUCACGGUGGGGGACAACGUCGUCUCGGGAAGCGACGACCGCACCGUGAAGGUGUGGGACCUGAAGAACAUGCGGUCGCCCAUAGCAACCAUCCGCACCGACUCGGCUGUCAACAGGAUAAGCGUCUCGGCCAACCAGAGGAUCAUCGCCCUGCCGCACGACAAUCGACAAGUCCGCCUGUUCGACAUGAGCGGCGUGAGGCUGGCCCGACUUCCACGCAGCAACCGGAUGGGUCACAGGCGAAUGGUGUGCUGCACGGCGUGGAACGAGGAGAACCAGGCGUGCAACCUGUUCACCUGCGGCUUCGACCGGCAGGCCAUCGGCUGGAACAUCAACAUCCCGGCCCUGCUGCAGGAGAAGUGACCCAUCCGGACCCGGCUCUUCUUAUUUUGCAUGGACUGUGAUUCGUGCCAUUUCUGUGUGGAAGUACGUGUUCGGUUUUGUGUGUGUGCAGGCGGCCGCUCACGUCACCUUUUUCUGUUUUUUUUUUGUUUUUUUUUUUUUUUGUCAUUGCCAAAUAGUUUCUCCUGCAUGCCAGGUUUGCAGACGUUGCUUCAAAAGCAGUCGCAGAACAAUCUGUAGAGUAUGUACAUAAGAUGUCGUGGCUUGAUUAAGUGACGGAUUCAGUGUCUUAGCCGCAUUCUGGGAGGUGCAAUUUGUCAAAUAUGGCAGAGCUUUGAGAUGUCUUUAUCCUUCCGGAGCGUUUCUUCACACAGAACCAAACAUAUCGCGACGAACGUCUGCCACGUCUUAAAACGAAGAGCUCAGCAGGCGGAGAUCCAGACGCCCCGCCUCCUCUCUUCGGUUCACGGUUAGCCUUUGUAUUUCCAGAUCUCGCUUUCUGUUACUUGCCUUUAUGUUUUGUGUUUACAUAGGAGAUUUUGAAAUAUAUAGACGGAGAUUUAUUCUGGCAGGGCGAAGAGGAAACAACGUGUUGCUGCGCAUAAGUUUGCGUACGGUCGUCAUGCAGUAGAGCAGGAUGAAGGGUUUUUAAAACUCUGCUAAUCUACAGCAAGCUUCCACCCCAACAUAAAUGCUAAAGCUAGUUAGCAUUGCUACUAUGACAACACAUAAGUAGUUUUCCAGGAACAGGAAGUUAUUUCUCCACCAUUAUCACACUGAGCAGCAAAUAGACGAGGUUGAUUGACGGCGCUGGUUGUACAAUUUGCAGAUGGUUAUAAGAGCUUGUUGGGAUUUUUUUUUUCGCAUCUUUAAAAUUUCUUUAUUAAGAUUAUCCAUCUCAUAUUAUACAUAGUCUCAACAGACUGUCACCAAACUCAACAUAUUUUCUAUAAAUUUACGUACUGCUGCUUUAACAUCCAGGCUGAUGCUAGGAAACCAAACGAGCUAAAAUAAUUCAUCAUAAAAAUCUAAUCUCAUGAAUCCAACCAGGUUUAUUCCAGAGUGUCGAUGGCGAAAAAGACAUGUAGUUCAGGUGCAGCUUUCUUUGUGACCAUUAACCAAGUACUUUGCUCCUAAACAAUACUGCAAAUUCAAACUUCUGCACUCUUGUUAAAAAAAAAAAAACUCAGUGAAAUUGGAUGUUGAAUCAUCAAAAAUAAAACCAUUCUCGCCGAUGGCGACCGUCACCGUGGCCGUAUGUAAACCUCUGACCUGAGCUGGACUCGCUCCUCCUUUUGCCGCCUCAGAACUUGCCGCUGUUGAGUCGUGAGCCCAAAAUGGUUGGUGUGUGUGGUGUGUGUGCUUCAGUGGUUUUCAGCUCUGUACUGUGUUGCACCCACCCAUCUGUCUGUCUGUAGCACAAAAAAGAAAUGGAAGCAAUACUCAGCUCCUUAAUGUUACUCAUUCACAGAGUGAAGUUGUGCGUUUUAAACCAGGCGACUCUGUCUUUAAAAGACAGAGUGGGUUUUGUCGUCAGGUUACUGUGCUCCACCUGAUUCCUGAAACAUGCUGUAUGUUACAUGUGAAAUGUUCUGAAUUGAAGUCAUGCUGUUUUUUUUGUUUUAUUUUGUUUUAAAUCUCCUUCAGAUGUUUAACUUAUUCCAGUGCUGUAAACCUCCAUACAACUUGCCUGUCUGUAUAUGUGACCAGUUUAGAUCCAGUGUGUUCAGAACGCACACGUCUCUGCUGUUUCCUCCAACAAUCAGAACCAGGAUCACAUUGUAAAGUAGCAUGAACCUGAGAAAUGUUGGACCUGAAUUAAAAUGCCUUACUACUGCAUCGA